UCCAUUUUAAAUUAUCUCCACUUUCGUCACUUUCUCUCUCUCUUCUUCUCCAAUAUCUCUUUAUUCUCUCUAUUUACAUCUCUCUCCCUCCAUUCUCUCCGAUUGAUCGCCGGAAUAUCCAUUUCCGUCCGAUCAAAUUCCUCCAUCAGCCGCCAUUUAAUCGCCUCUCCUAUCCACCUAUUCAAUUUCUCCUCUCUCUACAAUUCUUUAUGUAGAUCCGCAUUUUUAAUAAUUAGCACAUUUCAAAAAAAAAUCAAGUGCUCGUAAUUAUAGUUGAUCUCAGAAAAAAGGAAAAUAUGUUUUUCAUUUUCAUGUUUGAUAUACUAAUAACGUAAAAAUUUAGGGUUAUUGUUUUUCCCAUAUUGAUUGGAGGAGAGAAAAAGGAAGGAGUAUGUUGAAUAAGAUUAUAAAGCGAGGGCACAAGAAGGUGCCGAAAUCGGACCCGUCAGAUUUUGGGUCGGGUAAUCGGAGCUCCGGGUCGGUUUCAACAUCCAAUGUAGUGGUGAACCACGCUUCUAGAGGAACCGGAACUGGCGCCGGAAUGAUGAACAAUUCGACGCAGCAGACGGUGAUGUCGUCGGCGGCGGCGGCAGUUCCAGCGCCGGGAACAAUCGAGAACCUUCCAUUGUUGAAGGACGUGCCAAUGGCUGAACGGCAGAAUUUGUUCUUAAGGAAACUUCAGGUUUGUUGCUACCAAUUUGAUUUCAACGAUACUAUGAAAUUCGUUAGGGAAAAAGAGAUCAAACGGCAAACCCUAGUUGAACUUGUGGAUUGCAUUCAGUCUGGUGCUAUCAAAAUCACUGAAACUAAUCAAGAAGAAAUGGUGAAGAAAAUGAUACCUCUUAAUAUAUUCCGGUGCUUGCCUCCUGCGUCCCAUGAGAAUACAGGGUCGGAAAAUGUGGAACCUGAAGAGGAAGAACAGUAUCUCGAGCCAUCUUGGCCACAUUUACAGUUGGUAUACGAGUUGUUAUUGAGGUAUAUAGUUUCGUCGGAUACUGAUACUAAGGUGGCUAAGAGGUUUAUUGAUCAUUCGUUCGUGUUGAAGUUAUUGGAUUUGUUUGAGUCGGAGGACCCGAGGGAGAGAGAGUAUUUGAAAACGAUACUUCAUCGGAUAUAUGGGAAGUUUAUGGUGCAUAGGCCGUUUAUAAGGAAGGCGAUUAAUAAUAUCUUUUAUAGGUUUAUAUAUGAGACGGAGAGGCACAGUGGGAUAGGUGAGCUUUUGGAGAUUUUAGGGAGUAUUAUAAAUGGUUUCGCGUUGCCAAUGAAAGAGGAACAUAAGCUUUUCCUUGUUCGAGCUCUCAUACCGCUUCACAAGCCGAAACCGAUUGCAAUGUAUCAUCAGCAGCUGUCGUAUUGUAUUGUUCAGUUCGUGGAGAAGGAUUACAAGUUGGCUGAUACAGUCAUAAGGGGUUUGUUGAAGUACUGGCCUGUCACUAAUUGCCAAAAGGAAGUUCUCUUUCUUGGGGAACUCGAAGAAGUGCUGGAAGCCACGCAAGCUGCUGAAUUUCAGCGCUGCAUGGUUCCUCUUUUUCGACAGAUUGCUCGUUGCCUUAACAGCCCGCACUUCCAGGUUGCAGAACGAGCCUUAUUUUUAUGGAAUAAUGAGCACAUUGUGGGUCUGAUUGCCCAGAAUCGGAAUGUCAUUUUACCAAUAAUUUUCGAGGCUCUGGAAAAGAAUAUAAGGAGUCAUUGGAAUCAGGCCGUCCAUGGGCUGACAGUAAAUGUCCGUAAAAUGUUCCUGGAAAUGGACGCUGAUCUGUUUGAGGAUUGCCAAAAACAGUAUGCCGAGAAAGCAGCUCGGGCCACUGAGCUGGAAAAGCAGCGAGAGUUGAGAUGGCAGAGAUUAGCAGCUGCUGCCUCACAAGGAGGGUAAAAGGCAUGUCGAUUGCCAUUCCUGAUCCAUUAAACGCAGGAUUAGACACGCCAAAUUCAAAACUGGAUGCAUGCAUCAACCUUGCUCUUCUGUUAUAGUGGUAUUCAUUUUUCUCCUGUUUUUUGUUCUUUGAAGAUGAUGACAGGCAAUGCAGCAGGGUGUAACUCAAGUAUGUAUUUGAUAAUCACUAGUCCUGUGCUGCAGCCCGAGAAUGGUUUGUGGAAGUUUCUUGUGUAAUUUGUUCUAUAAUUUUCCUCUUAAGAGAAAUUUCUAUUUUUGCAAUGAACUCUCUCGAGCAAGAAGUUACAUUAUGAUACAGUUA